GAAGUUACUGACUUUGUUACGCACCGAAAAGAAAAUAGCUGGCUCCAAUCUCUGCUAGCUCCGAGCCUAUAAAUAGGGAUACGGACUUCAAAUUUACACCUCAAUUUCAUACCAUCCUAUUCUAUUAAUUCAACCAACUAAAGAGGGAAAUGGGUUCGAAAGCAAUUGUUUUCCUUGGCCUUUUUCUGGCUGUUGUUGUUCUCUUCACCUCGGAGGUGACAGCUAGGGAUUUGGCUGAGACUACUAGUACUACUUCUACCACUCCCGCUGAACAACAGACUAAUGGGGUAGAUGAUGCCAAGCAUCAUCAUGAUGGCGGCUACUACGGAGGCGGUGGCGGCUAUUACGGGGGCCGUGGCGGCUAUUACUGGGGUGGUCGUGGUGGCGGAUACGGAGGCUAUUACGGAGGCGGUCAUGACGGUGGGUAUGGAGGUGGCGGUUAUUACGAAGGCCCUGGAGGCAGAUAUAGAUGGGGUUAUGGAGGCCGCGGAAACGAUGGUGGCGGUUACGUAGGUGGCACAGGUGGAUAUGGAGGCUGGGGUUACGGAGGUGGCGGCGGUUACAAAGAAGGAGGGAAUUAACACUAUAUGUGCUAUUUAAAAUAUCCAUGCAUGGAGGAGUUAAAAUAUGUGUGAGAUUAAUAAGUUUUCUUUUUUCACUGUUCAAAAAAUUUAUGAAUAAUGGAGGAAUCUGAUCAGGCCGUUCAGAUUAAUAAUCAUGUAUCCUCUGUUAGGACAUGGUUUGUUUUUCCCUGUAUUUACCUAUAUUUGUUUUUCAGACAUAGCAGAUAAAUAAAUUAAUGUAAAUCACGUUUGUAUUAGUGAUAUGUUAUAUAAUUUGAAUGUUUCAUAGCA